GCUACGCCAAUAUAUACUUUCUGAUCAUUGCGGUGCUCAAUUGGAUGCCGUUCAUCUCCGUCUUCCGGCGGGAGAUCACAUUCCUCCCACUGACUUUUGUGCUGACGGUUACGGCUGUGAAAGACGCCUACGAAGACUUCAGACGAUACCGCAUGGACAAGGAGGUGAACAACGCACGCGCGUGCGUGUACCGUGAUGGAGAGCAGGUAGAGGUGUUCUGGAAGGACCUGAAGGUGGGGCAAGUAGUGCACCUAGAGGAAGAUGAGAUGAUCCCCGCGGAUAUCCUGCUGCUGCAAUGCAGUGAUCCCUCGGGCAAUGCCUACAUUGAAACCGCCAACCUGGACGGAGAGACGAACCUGAAACAGCGAAUGAUUGUCAAAUGUCCCACUCUCGCGGGCGUCAACAACCCCAACGAGUUGGUGGGAGAGGUCAUCUGUGACAAGCCUCACAUCAGCAUAUACGACUACAACGGACAGUUCAGAGCCACCGAUGACCAUCUGAAGGUUCCCAUUGACGGCAAGAAUUUGAUGCUGAGAGGGUGCAACCUGCGUAACACCGACUGGGCGCUUGGCGUGGUAGUGUACACUGGACCCGAGACCAAAGCCAUGCUCAACAACACCGGGCCGAGGUUCAAGCGCUCCAAGAUCGAGCGCGACAUGAACGGGGAGAUUGUGUGGCUGGCUAUCAUUCUGGUGGUCAUGUGCACCUCCUGCGCCAUCGCCGGAGGGCUGUGGAUGGACGCCCUGCCGUACAAGGAGACGAUGUUCAUUCCCUUCAAAGACGGUGAUCCCGAGCCAUUGCUAUACACGUUCUUGGCGUUCUGGUCCAAUAUCAUUCUGUUCAACGUCAUGGUGCCCAUUUCACUGUACGUUACUUUGGAGCUCAUCAAGCUGGGGCAGGUGUACUUUAUGUCCAACGAUCCCCAAAUGAAAGACCCACGUUCGGGCAAGAACAUGCAGUGUCGUGCGCUCAACAUCAAUGAGGACCUGGGCCAAAUCGAGUACAUUUUCUCGGACAAAACAGGAACACUCACAGAGAAUCAGAUGGUGUUUAAGAAGUGCUCCAUCGGAUGUACGGACUACGGCUAUGUCGAUUCAGAGGCGAAGAUUUCCGAAGCCGCCGAUGACAACCCCACCGGAAUUGUCCUGAAGGACCCCAAUCUCGUGCUGAAGCUGUCGUCCUGUGCAACGGAUUCGGACCUGUACCAGUUCUUCUUGUGUCUGGCAAUAUGCAAUACCGUGGUGCCCAGGCCUGGAAAGGACGGAAGUGUUCGGUACGAUUCCGAAUCGCCCGAUGAGGCUGCGCUUGUGGACGCGGCAAAGGCGUACGGCUUCGAGCUGGUCACACGCACACAAACAUCCGUUACCAUCAGGGCCCUGGGGGUAAUCAGGACAUUUAAGAUCAUGAAUGUACUGGAGUUCACUAGUACCCGGAAAUGUAUGUCCAUCAUCAUUGAGAACCCGGACCAGAGCAUCACCAUGUACUCCAAGGGAGCGGACAGUCGCAUCUACGAACUGCUUGACCAACAAAACAACGCCUCACUCAUGGCCAGUACCAACGUUCAUCUGACCCAAUUCUCCAGCGGGGGACUGCGCACACUGUGCCUGGCCAAGAAGGACUUGGACUUGUCAUGGUACCACAAGUGGCAGAAGAAGUGGGGCCAGGCGGGAUGUGCCUUGCACGACCGCCAAGUGCGACUGGACAAACUGUCCACUAAGGUGGAGCGAGGGCUGACCCUGCUCGGUGCUACAGGUAUCGAGGACAAAUUACAGGCAGGUGUCCCUGAAGCCAUCCGCACACUGCGCGAGGCGGGUAUCCAUGUGUGGGUAUUGACCGGAGACAAACAGGAGACUGCCCUGGAGAUAGCGUACUCCAGUAAGCUUAUCGACGAGGAUAUGGGCCAGUACGUCAUUAACGGCGAGAGCAUGAACGAAGUUCGGCACCUCCUGCGCCAAACCGUCGAGACCAUAACCCGCUCUGACACCCGUGAAACCAUGGAGAAGCAACAGAAGAAGCCCAAGGGCAUGACACGACAAGUCUCCCUAGACACCGUCGAAUUCGACGCGUCUCCCGAGAGCUUUACGCGCAAGACCCAGCACGCCAUGGUCAUCGACGGCAAGAGCCUGUCGUAUGCGCUGGAUGAGACUUGUCAGGAGCUGUUUGUAACGGCCGCGUGUCUGUGUGAUGUGGUGCUGUGUGCGCGCACGGCGCCGUUGCAGAAGGCGCGGGUGGUGACUAGCGUCAACCAGUACAAGGACAUCAUGUCUCUGGCGAUAGGGGAUGGGGCGAAUGAUGUGAGCAUGAUUCAGUGUGCCGAUGUGGGGGUGGGUGUACAGGGCAAUGAGGGUAUGCAGGCGGUUAUGGCGUCGGACUUUGCCAUUGGCCGCUUCCGCUUCUUGCCCAGGCUGUUGCUGGUCCAUGGGCACUGGAAUUAUCAUCGCAUCGCCAAUACAGUUCUGUACUUCUUCUUCAAGGUGUGA